AUGCCAAAUAGUCAAUCAACAACCGAUGAAUUCAAGAAAGGUGAUCGCGUUCAAUGGAAUUCAUUAAAUGGUCCAGUCGAGGGUGUGGUUAUGAAAAAAUUAACGUCGGAUACUCACAUUAAAGAUCACCAUGUCAAAGCAUCCAAAGAUGAACCACAAUAUCUAGUCAAAAGUGAUAAAACAGGCGCCGAAGCAGCGCAUAAGCCAGAUGCAUUAACUUUACUUGAUGAUGAUGAUGAUGAUGAUUGA